UUUAUGAGCAAAGAUCAAUUAUAUAGCAUGUAAGUUAAAUAUAAUUUACAAGGAGGCAUAACAUUUCUGUUGACUGUCAUGAUCAGUAAAUCCAUCUGAAUUCACUUUACUUGCCCUUUUAUAUGAAGAAGAUAGUUAAUCUGCCUUUGAUAAGUGAAACAGAAAUGAGGUUAGGGAAGAGUUAUGAUAAAUAAUAACUUACACUAUGAUAUUAAGUCUAAGAAAUUGUGAUUCUCUUGAUGGAAACAUGAACUCAAAAAAUUUUACAAAAAGUGCACUUGAAACUUUUAGAAAUAAAGUUUAGAAAUAAUGCUCAGUAUGAAGAAGACUGAGGCAAAAAGUGGAUCAUUGUGAAGUCAAAUCUUUUUUGAAUAAAUUGUAACAGAACCCUAUUUACUAGUGUUAUUUUAUUUUUUCUUACUUGUCUGACAGAACUACAUUCAGAAGUUGAUCUCUUACAGUGAGUAGCAAAACCAUAAAAUUAUAAGUUUGGUGAGUUAUUAUUAUUUUUUUAAAUAGCAGAAUUAAGUGCCUAAAGUACUCACUAUUUAAAUGUUUUAUUUUAUUACUAUCAUUUUUUAAACUAGAGCUCUUAUAUACAGUUGAGAAGAUUUUGCCCUAUACAUCAUAUUUUUGAUUUACUCCUGUAUUUAAAAUCUUAAUUGGUAAUUGAAUAAUGUUAAAUAAAGUAAAAAUAAAAAAUGUAUUGUCCUCUUACAAGCAGUGUUGUGUGAUUGUUUGAUUCCCUUUGAUGAGUCAUUUUUUGCAACUACUUGUGGUCAUUUUGCUUCUUUUAACAGAGCUUGAUGACUUUCAAGCAAAAAAUAUUAACAUCUGAAUUUUUCACAUAAAUCUCUGCACAAUUUAGAUAAAAAUGUGCUCGAACAAUUACAAUUAACUCAUAUUUUAGCUCAAGUUUCUUAUGCUUUCCUUUUCAUAAUGUCAUGUAAGGCAGAUGUUACUCCGGCAGACUCCGCGCGCUGAGGAUGACGGUCUAUCGGGUUCUACCCCGCCGGGUACCAGCGCUGUAAUCCCACAAUGCAGAGCGCAUGGCGCGUCAUUGGAGAGGGACGAUGAUGGCGGCGGUCGGUGCACCAGAAGUGAUCACACAGCUGGAAAGCGCUGCCAAAGUUUUAAUGGCACCGCCGUCCAUGGUCAGCACAGAACAGAGGCAGCAUGCUGAACACGUAUUCCUCUCCUUCAGGAAGUCCAAAUCUCCUUUUGCCAUCUGCAAGCACAUCUUAGAGACCAGUAAGGUGGACUAUGUGCUGUUCCAGGCAGCCACAGCCAUCAUGGAGGCCGUUGUGCGGGAGUGGAUCCUGCUGGAGAAGACCAGCAUCGAGUCGCUCCGGGCAUUCCUCCUCACCUACGUCUUACAGAGACCCAACCUGCAGAAGUAUGUCCGUGAGCAGAUCUUGCUGGCCGUGGCGGUCAUCGUGAAGAGAGGCUCUCUCGACAAAUCCAUCAACUGUAAAAGCAUCUUUCACGAGGUCGGACAGCUCAUAAGCAGCGGGAACCCCACAGUGCAAACGCUGGCCUGCUCCAUCCUGACCGCUCUGCUCAGUGAGUUCUCCAGCUCCAGUAAAACCAGCAGCAUCGGCCUCAGCAUGGAGUUUCACGGCAGCUGCAAGCGUCUGUUCCAGGAGGAGGGCCUGCGUCAGAUCUUCAUGUUGACCAUGGAGGUGCUGCAGGAGUUCAGCCGCCGAGAAAAUCUCAGUGCCCAGAUGUCGUCUGUCUUCCAGCGUUACCUGGCUCUGGCCAACCAGGUCCUCAGCUGGAACUUCCUGCCACCCAAUCUGGGGCGCCACUACAUCGCCAUGUUCGAGGCCACACAGAACGUCACGCUCAAGCCUACGGAGUCCUGGAGGGAAGCGCUGCUGGACACCCGCGUCAUGGACCUCUUCUUCACUGUACACAGGAAGAUUCGUGAGGACUCAGACAUGGCCCAGGACUCCCUUCAGUGCCUGGCCCAGCUGGCCUCCAUGCACGGGCCCAUCUUCCCAGACGAGAGCGCCCAGGUCUCCUACCUCGCUCACCUGGUGGAGGGCCUGCUGAGCAUGAUAAAUGGGAUUGAGAUCGAGGACUCUGAGGCAGUGGGCAUCUCCAAUAUCAUCUCCAAUCUUAUCACCAUGUUCCCUCGAAGUAUUUUAACAGCGCUGCCCAGCGAUCUCUUCACCUCCUUCAUCAACUGCCUCACAUUGCUUACCUGCUCGUUUGGACGCAGCGCUGCCCUGGAGGAGGUGCUGGAUAAGGAUGACAUGGUUUACAUGGAAGCCUACGACAAGCUGCUGGAGUCUUGGCUCACCCUCGUCCAGGACGAGGAGCAUUUUCCUCGAGGCUGCUUCAUCCAGCCGGCGAUCCAGGUCUUCAACUCCUAUAUACAGUGUCAUUUGGCUGCUCCUGACGGCACACGCAACCUGUCAGUGAAUGGCAUAACGUCUCAUGAGGAGGAGGAGAUCAAUGAGCUGCAGGAAGACGACAGGGAGCUGUUCUCAGACCAGCUGUCCAGCAUCGGCAUGCUGGGACGUGUGGCUGCUGACCACUGUAUCCCUCUGCUCACAAGCCUGCUGGAAGACCGGGUGACACGGCUGCAUGGUCAACUCCAGAGAACUCAGCAGCACCUCAUGGCAUCAUCUGACCCUGGAUCAGUGGACCGCAAGGUCCUGGAUGACCUCUAUGAGGACAUCCACUGGCUCAUACUGGUCUCAGGGUAUCUAUUAGCAGACGACCCUCAGGGCGAAACGCCAUUAAUCCCCUCCGAGGUGAUGGAGUUUUCCAUCAAACACUCCACGGAGGUAGACAUCAACACAACACUGCAGAUCCUGGGCUCACCGGGGGAGAAGGCCUCGUCCAUACCAGGCUGCAACCGCACAGACUCAGUCAUCAGGUUGCUGUCAGCUGUACUGCGGACGUCAGAGGUUGAAUCAAGGGCGACCAGAGCGAGCCUGACAGAGCUGCUCAGCCCGCAGAUGGGAAAGGAUAUUGUGUGGUUCCUGAGACGCUGGGCUAAAACGUACCUGCUGGUGGACGAAAAACUCUACGAGCAGAUUAGCAUGCCCCUGAGCACAGCAUUUGGUGCGGACACAGAGGGGGCCCAGUGGAUUGUGGGAUAUCUUUUGGAGAAGGUGAUCAACAACCUGUCUGUGUGGAGCUCAGAGGCUGAGCUGGCCAAUGACACUGUGGAGCUGCUGGUCACGCUGGUAGAGAAGAGGGAGAGGGCAAACAUCGUGGUACAGUGUGAGAGCUGGUGGAACCUGGCGAAGCAGUUUGCCAGUCGCAGUCCACCUCUCCACCUGCUGUCCAGCUCCGUGCAGAGAUCUCUGAUGAAGGCUCUUGUCCUCGGAGGCUUCGCUCACAUGGACUCUGACACCAAACAGCAAUACUGGGCCGAGGUGCUUCACCCUCUUCAGCAGCGUUUCCUCAACCUCAUUAACCAGGAGAACUUCGCUCAGAUCAGCCAGGAAGAAGCUGUCAAACGGGAAAUCGUGGCUACGUUAGAGGCGCUGUGCGGCAUCGCGGAGGCGACACAGAUCGACAACGUGGCCUCGCUCUUUUCUUUCCUCAUGGACUUCUUGUCCAGCUGCAUCGGCCUCAUGGAGGUUUACAGCAACACGCCCGAGACAAUCAACCUCAUCAUUGAGGUUUUUGUAGAAGUGGCUCACAAACAGAUCUGCUACCUGGGAGAGACCAAGUCCAUGAAGCUGUACGAGGCAUGUCUGACGUUGCUGCAGGUCUACUCUAAAAACAACCAGAGCAGGAAGCGAGGAGACGCCACAGCCGAGGAGGACCAGUACCAGGACCUGCUGCUCAUCAUGGAGCUGCUCACCAACCUGCUCUCCAAAGAGUUCAUCGACUUCAGUGACACAGAUGAGGUGUUUCGAAACCAAGACCAGGGAACACCAGCCUCUAACAGAACAGUCUCAGCAGCAGAUGUGGUUCUUUAUGGUGUCAAUAUUGUCCUUCCACUCAUGUCUCAGGACCUGCUCAAGUUCCCCUCUCUGUGUAACCAGUACUACAAGCUCAUCACCUUCAUCUGUGAGAUCUUCCCAGAAAAGAUCCCACAGCUGCCUGAAGACCUGUUCAAGAGCCUCAUGUUCUCCUUGGAACUGGGAAUGACCUCGAUGAGUUCGGAGAUCAGCCAGCUGUGUUUGGAGGCUUUGUCUCCUCUGGCUGAACAGUGCGCCAAAAACCAGGAGAAGGACACGCCUCUCUUCAUCGCCACUCGUCACUUCCUCAAGUUGGUGUUUGACAUGCUGGUCCUGCAAAAACACAACACCGAGAUGACAGUGGCAGCAGGAGAAGCUCUUUACACACUCGUGUGCCUGCACCAGGCAGAGUACUCUGAGCUAGUGGAGACUCUGCUCUCCUCUCAAAGAGACGCCGUCAUCUACCAGCGGCUGGCCGACGCCUUCAACAAGCUGACGGCCAGCAGCACGCCGCCCACCAUGGACAGGAAACAGAAGGUCGCCUUCCUCAAGAGCCUGGAGGAGUUUGUGGCCAAUGUGGGCGGCCUGCUCUGCGUCAAAUAACCACUGGAAAACCGACUCCGCCUCGAAUCAUCAUUAUGAAAAGCAACCAAUCAGAGACCCCCCCGCCCCCCCCUGCCCCACUUCAUCCCUAUGAACUAUGGGUAGAAGAGACAGCUCUGAGGACCUCUCUGUCUCUGCACCUGCUGGGGGAUCCAUCUCAUGCCUGAAUGUUAACCCUGUUUUCACUUCCUAGGAUUUCUUUUUUUGUUUUGUUCUCCUCCCCGAACUGUCACCCCCACCCCCUCACCCAUCCCAUGAUUGACAGACUUGACGAUGAUGAUGAUAACUUGGUAACCAUGGAGACUGAACUGCAGAGCAGACGGACUCAGUCGGAGGAUCCUGCCCUUUUGGACUGAAGCGGCAACGGAGCGCUGACCAUCAUGACGACAAGAGGCAGAGCAGUGGCUGGUGUCGACGGGGGUUGACCUCCACCUCCUCCACCUCCUCAUGUGCCUGGAGGUCGCCAGAGCGCACACAGACACACACACACACACACACACACACACACACACACACACACACACACACAGAGUCAUGUUGAGGAUAAAACAGGUUGCUGUGUGGAGGAGUGACGGAGAAGAUUUUUCUAGUGUGAGGUUUUUUAGAUGAAGGUAUUAGAGGGGUCUUGGUGACACACACUUCAUUUUAUCAGUUUCCAUCCUGCCACACACACACACACGUUGCCCCAGUCCUUCCCAGAGUGCCUUUGUUUUGUUGAUUGUUUUGUGUGUGUGUGUGUGUGUGUGUGUGUGUGCGUGUGUGUGUGUGCGUGUGUGUGUGUGAAUCACAUCAUACAUUAACUGACAUCAAAUGUCGACUGUGCCUGCCAUUCGCCAAAAAAAAACAACAACAACACAGCGGAUGCACAAAUUCACAAACACACACAUGCACACAACAUGCAUACACAUACACACACCCACACACACACAAAAUGUUGCCAUGACAACAAAGGUUUCGCCGGCCCGGCUGUCUUUGGGCCUUACUGAACCACACAGCGCAGGAGGGCGUUUGUUUUAUUUGUUUGUUUGUUUGUUGGUGAUGACAGAAAACCAAAAUCAGAUUGCAUUUCACUAAAGGGUGUACAUAUAUAAAUAUAUAUAAGAAAUGUUUUCAAACCAGAAACCAUGAGAAGUGUACGUUCAAAGACAAAAAAAACUGAAAUGUUUUUAUAUGGCAGGAAGAGUUGUAUGAGUUCAACAUGUUGUGAAUUCAGCUAAAGAGGGAGCAACUUUGUCUGUGUUGACCUUUUUGCAGUUUGAUAUUUUGGAUUGUAGUAUUACGUUGCAGCCCCUCCCUCCGGACAGAUAAAGGCCAGGAGAUCGGAUCAGGCCUCUAAAGUUUAGCAGAUUAAUUUCAGUAGUCUUUUUUUUUCUACAGCAGCAGCACAUCAUCCACCGUUUCACUCUUCAGCACACACUGGAUCGAAGCAGAGACUGUUGGGAGUUGAAGGACAGCAAUAACAAACCAAAUAAAAAGGAGCAGAGCCACUUGUUGAAGCAUUAUAUUGGAGACAGAUUCCUCCUCGUUCAGAGCACUAUCCUGGUUAUUGUAGAAUGGCUGUUUUGUUAAUGAAGUAUAAAAGUGUACAUAAACUUAUUGUAUAAAA